GUUGCGCCUAUCGUAUGUUAUUGCAUGGCCUCCAUUCUCAUGACGGUCGUGAACAAGUUUGUCGUGUCAGGAAGCCAGUUCAAUAUGAACUUCCUCCUGUUAUGCAUCCAGUCUUCCGUCUGCGUGGGGUGCGUAUACACUGUGAAGAAGCUCGGGGUCAUAUCGUUCCGUGAUUUCGACACGAAGGAUGCGAAGAUGUGGUUCCCGAUUAGCGUCAUGCUUGUCGGUGUCAUAUACACUGGCUCGAAGAGUCUGCAAUAUUUGAGCAUUCCCGUAUACACGAUAUUCAAGAACCUGACCAUCAUCCUCAUUGCGUACGGCGAGGUCAUAUGGUUCGGUGGCCGGGUUACCGGUCUUACCCUGGUCUCCUUUAUCCUAAUGGUCAUCUCCUCUGUCAUAGCUGCAUGGGCGGAUAUUAACAACGCACUGACUGCCAGUGACCCUGCUUCUACUGCGGGUGCGAUUGCGGGACUAUCCAGCGUCGGCGGAAUCGUUCGCCAACUCAAUGUGGGGUACUUCUGGAUGUUCCUGAAUUGCGGGACCAGUGCGGCAUAUGUCUUGACGAUGAGGAAGAGGAUCAAGGGGACGGGGUUUUCGGACUGGGACACCAUGUAUUACAACAACCUGCUCUCGAUCCCCGUUCUGGCCGUGGCGUCGAUCAUCGCAGAGGACUGGGGCUACGAGAACCUGAAUCGCAACUUCCCCCCUGACACACGCAACUUCUUACUCUUCGCGAUCGCCUUUUCGGGCGGAGCAGCGGUCGGCAUCUCGUACACGACUGCCUGGUGCAUCCGAGCAACGUCGAGCACGACUUACAGCAUGGUCGGGGCACUGAACAAGCUGCCGGUCGCGGCUUCGGGGAUGAUCUUCUUCGGCGACCCCGUCACGUUUGGGUCGGUGACCGCUGUGAGCGUCGGGUUCUUCGCAGGGCUGGUGUACGCAUUUGCGAAGAACAACCAGAAGAAGGCGGAGAUGGCGGCGCAGCAGACGGUCAUCCCGCUGGCGAGCAGACCGUCGUGA